AUGCCUUAUCGAUCACGAUGCCCAGUGAACUAUUCUCGGCAACUCCUUGAUUCCGAUUCGACUCGAUCCACUUCCCGUCUCCAGGAAAAGAAAGGACCAAGGUCAACGCAUACCAUGAAGGAGGAAGUCUGCAUGAAGGCUCUAUCAUUGCCAUGUAUUUUCCCAUCAUCGAAGACAUUCGGAGAUACUCAGCUCACCUGCUAUCCACCUCAAAACCAGACUUAUCACCCACUUAUCUCCUCCCUUACGUUUCAUCAAAUGUUGUGA